AUGUCAGAUCCUCAAUCAACAAAUAGUUCAGCUUCUCAAUUUGUAUCAACUUUAAUUCCAACUUUGGUUAUAUCAGUUGUAUUUCUUUUAGCGUUUGUUGCAAUUCGUAAAACUCAAAAAAGAGUUUAUGAACCACGUUCAAUUGUUAAAUCUGUUCCAAAUGAUUUACAACCACAACAACCAGCGACUGGUCUAUUUAGUUGGUUAACUUCAUUACUUCAUAAACCUGAAACUUAUAUUAUUCAAUAUGCUGGUACUGAUGGUUAUUUUUUUUUAAGAUUUUUAUUUGAAUUUUGUUGUAUAUGUAUUUUGGGAGCUAUAAUUACUUGGCCAAUAUUAUUUCCAGUCAACGUUACAAAUGGUAAUAAUAAUCAACCAGGUUCAACUAUUGCUGGUUUUGAUAUAUUAACCAUUGCAAAUGUUAGAAAUAAAUGGAGAACUUUUGCUCAUGUAUUUUUAUCAUGGAUUUUAUUUGGUGCUGUAAUAUUUCUAACUUAUCGUGAAUUGGUUUAUUAUACUACUUAUAGACAUGUUUUACAAACUACUCCUUUAUAUGAUUCAUUAUUAAGUUCAAGAACUUUAUUACUUACUGAGUUAUCAACUACUAAAUUAACUGAUGAUAAUUUAAGAACUUAUUUCCCCACUGCAACAAAUAUAUGGUAUGGUAGAGAUUAUAAAAAAUUAGAUAAAGAAUGCGAAGAAAGAUCAAAAUUAGCUAAUAAAUAUGAAGGAGCUUUAAAUAAAGUUAUUACAAAAGCUGUUAAAUUAAGAAAUAAAUGUUUAAAAAAGAAUAAACCUGCUCCAGAACCUAUUGAUGAUCUUGAUAAAUAUUUAAAAAAUGGUAAAAAAAGACCAACUCAUAAAUUAAAGCCAAUUAUUGGUAAAAAGGUUGAUACUUUAAAUUAUGGUGCUGAACAUUUAGGUGAAUUAAAUAAAACUAUAGCUAAACAACAAGCUGAAUAUGCUACUAAUAAACAAAUUCCAGCUGUAUUUAUUGAAUUUCCUUCUCAAUUAGAAUUACAAAAGGCUUAUCAAGCAAUUCCAUAUAAUAAAGAAUUUAAAGGUGUUAAAAGAGUUACUGGUGUUGCUCCAGAUGAUAUUAUUUGGAAAAAUUUACAAUUAACUCCAAAUUCAAGAAGAAUUAAAAAUAUUUUAGCAAAUACUUUUUUAACUUUAAUGAUUAUAUUUUGGUGUAUUCCGGUUGCUGUUGUUGGUGCAAUUUCAAAUAUUAAUUUUUUAACUGAAAAAGUUCCAUUUUUAAAAUUUAUUAAUAAUAUGCCAAAUGUUAUUAUGGGUGUAAUCACAGGUUUAUUACCAGUUGUUGCUUUAUCAAUCUUAAUGUCAUUAGUACCACCAGUUAUUCAAUGGAUGGGUCGUAUUUCAGGAAAAUUAACAGUUCAACAAGUUAAUGAAUAUUGUCAAUCAUGGUUUUAUGCUUUUCAAAUUGUUAAUGUUUUCCUUGCUAUUGCUCUUGGUUCAUCAGCUGCAUCAGUUGCUCAAGAAAUUGUUAAAGAUCCAGGUUCAGCAAUGCAACAAUUAUCUCAAAGAUUCCCACCAUCAGUUAAUUUCUAUUAUGCAUAUUUAUGUCUUCAAGGUUUAACUAUUAGUUCUGGUGUUUUGUUACAAUUAGUUCCAUUAAUUUUAUCAAAAAUUUUAGGUAGAAUUUUAGAUGGUACACCAAGAGCUAAAUGGACUAGAUGGAAUACUUUAGGACAACCAGGAUUUGCAGUUUUAUAUCCAAAUUUCCAAUUAUUAACAGUUAUUGCAUUAUCUUAUUCAGUUAUUGCUCCAUUAAUUUUAGGUUUUACUGCAAUUGCUUUUAUAUUAUUUUAUUUUGCUUAUAUUUAUACUUUUGUUUAUGUUUUGAAACCAAGUCAAGUUGAUGCAAGAGGUUCAAAUUAUGUUAAAUCAUUAUUUCAAUUAUUUACCGGUUUAUUUUUAGCUCAAUUAUGGAUUACUGCUCUUUUUGUAUUUACUAAAAAUUGGGCAUGUGUUGCAUUAGAAGGUGUUAUAAUAAUUGUAACUAUAAUUGCUAAAUAUUGGAUGAAAAGAAGAUUUUUAACUGUUUCUGAUGCUGUACCAAUUUCAGCUAUUAAAUAUGCUGCUGGUGAUUCAACUUAUACUUAUCCAAUGUAUGAUCAAGGUUAUAAAGAAAUUCAAACUGAAGGUAAAAAUUAUUGGGAUGGUGGUAAUCAAUUAGGAUUAAAUGGUGCAGAUAUUAAAGAUCAAGUUGUACCAUAUAAAUAUCCUUUAGAAAAUGCUACUUCUCCUCAAGCUAUAUCAGCUGUUGAUGGUAAUUCGACAGUUUUUGAUCAUCGUGGAUCAGAUUCUUCAGCUGUUGAUACUAAAGUUGGUAAAAUUGAAAGUGAAAAAGAAUUUACAAAAGGUGGUGAUUCUACUACUAGAUCAACUGGUAAUGGACCAUUUGAAAAUCAACCAAAUAAUGUUGAUGAAGAAAAAGCUGGUGGACAUAAUGGAAAUUCUUCAAACAAUAAUAAUACAGCAACUAAUGCAGCAAAAGGAGUAGUUGGAGCACCUGGUAAAGGAGUAUCAUGGUUAAAAAUCUUUUUUCAACCAAAAACUCAAACUUUUGAUAUGAUUAGAAAUUUAAUGCCAAAUUCUUAUUUUAAUUAUAUUGAAUAUAAUCCAGAAUUUAUAAGACAUGCUUAUGAUGAUCCAUCAGUAAGUGCUGAAGAACCUCAUAUAUGGAUUGCUAAAGAUCCAAUGGGAUUAGCUGAAAUUGAAAUUAAUAAAGCCUUAAAACAAGGUGUUGAUGUUAGUGAUUCUAAUGCUACUUAUAAUGAAAAGGGACAAAUUGUAUUUACUGGUCCUCCACCAACUUAUGAAGAAGCUAUUAGAGUUUAA